AUGGCGACAGUGGCCCCCGCCGACAUCUCACAGACCCAUCCCUACACCUGCAAUUCGUGUGCGGUCGCCUUCCGCAGCAGUGAUGUCCAACGGACUCAUAUGCGGAGUGACUGGCACAGAUACAACCUGAAGCGCAGGCUGGCUGAGUUACCCGCAGUCUCGUCUGAAGAUUACAACGAGAAAGUUUUGGCUGCUCAGGCUACCAACAACGCAGCCGCCGCCCAAGCAGCCUAUGCAAAAGUGUGCGCCACCUGUCAAAAGACAUACUACAGUGAAAAUGCAUACCAGAACCACCUGUCAAGCAAAGCACACAGGACAAGAGAGAGUAGAGGCUCAACACGAGACGCAAGUUCUAUAACUGGGUCUGACGGCCGGCGGUCAUUCUCCGCGCUGGAGUCCAUACCAGACUCUGAACCUCGAGAUCCUACAGCAGAGGCAGAGUUCGAGCAGGUUGUUGCAGGGAUAAAAGAGACCUCCAUCCAAGACAUGCCUGAAAUCCCACGGAGACCCUCGAACCCUCAACCAGGGACGGAACCGCGGGGGGACCAUCCCAUGUCACCAGAAAAGGCCGAAGUUCCGUCUAUGCCCAUCUCAAGGUGUCUGUUCUGUAACUAUGACUCUCCCAAUCUGAAACUCAGCGUCAUGCACAUGACCAAGAUCCACGGGCUCUUCAUCCCCGAACAGAACUUUCUCGUCGACCUGGAAGGUCUGAUCCGGUAUAUGCAAGCGAAGGUUCACCAAAAUUUCGAGUGCCUAUACUGCCACAAACUGAGAGGGAAUGCAGAAGGUGUGCAGACACACAUGAGAGACAAGGCUCAUUGCAAGAUUGCCUUUGAGACGGAUGAAGAACUGGUCGAGGUGGGCCAGUUCUAUGACUUUUCCAGCACCUAUUCAGACGACGGCGAAGAGGAUUUUGGUGGAGCAAUGGAAGGAGUCAAGGCAGGACAGAACGGUGGCGUCAAAUUGGAGGGUUCAGGAGAAGACGGUGUAGACGACGGCUGGGAAACUGAUUCGUCCUUUUCCUCGCUCGAUACCAACGAACUUGCAUCUGUCCCAAAUGAUGAUCGAACACUGUCCUAUCAACGACUUCCCUUGCACAGACAUCACUCCAACACUGACCCGAGACCACACCGGAACGCAGACGGCUGGCACUCGCACGCACACAACCAUACUAAUGCAGUGUUCUAUGACGAACAUGAAAUGCAUCUGCCCAGUGGCAGAGUGGCAGGCCACCGAAGCUUGAGGAAAUAUUACCGCCAAAAUCUGCACAACUAUCCUACGGCCGCGGAGCGAAUGGAGCGUGCUCAGAGAUUGAUAGAAGAAGGAAGCUCAGAAGACGCAGACAUGGACGAGGUCGAUCUUCCAGCCACGCCUCCGCGAAACAGUCUCAUGAGACGGGGAGAGGCUGGUAUGCUUGGUGCUACGAACCAGCAGAGACGAGACGUCCGCUCUGAAGAGAUCAGAGCCAGACAGAGAGAGAGGCGGGCGCAGAAUCGGUAUCAGGCCAAGCUGGAGAAGCAGGCCAACAGUCAAAAGCACUACAGGGAUCCACUAUUGCAAUGA